CCCUGUCUUAAUUUCUGAUAGCGUCAUUUGGAAUGGGAAGAAGGGAUCUGACUAAACUCUAAAAUGUGUUCCAUGUGUUUUGUGCACAAAAUCUGAGUUUUUAGAAACAAUCCAUCUACGUUCCUGUUGAAGACGAAAGUCUUUUGUCGUCAACAUGGACUUCCAGAACAGAGCAGGGGGCAAGACAGGAGGCGGCGGAGUCGCCUCCGAGUCGGAGAGUAACAGAGAUCGCAGGGAGAGAUUGAGACAAUUGGCCCUGGAAACUAUCGAUCUCAAUAAGGAUCCAUAUUUUAUGAAGAAUCAUUUGGGUUCCUAUGAGUGCAAGUUGUGCUUGACGCUACACAACAACGAAGGUAGCUACCUGGCCCACACACAGGGAAAGAAACAUCAGUCAAACCUUGCGAGAAGAGCAGCCAAGGAGGCAAAAGAUGCCCCAGCACAGCCGGCCUUGUUGGAGAAGGCAAAAGUAGACAUCAGGAAGUUUGUCAAGAUUGGACGGCCCGGUUACAAAGUGACAAAGCAGCGGGAUCCUAACAUGGGCCAACAGAGUCUUUUGUUCCAGAUUGACUACCCUGAGAUAGCUGAAGGUAUAGGACCCAGACACCGCUUCAUGUCAGCCUAUGAGCAGAGAGUUGAGCCACCAGACAAGAAAUGGCAGUAUCUGCUGUUUGCUGCCGAGCCAUAUGAGACUAUAGCAUUCAAGGUUCCAAGUAGAGAGGUCGACAAGUCGGAGGCAAAAUUUUGGACUUCUUGGAAUAAGGAAACCAAGCAGUUUUUCCUACAGUUCCACUUCAAGAUGGAACCCAAGCCAAUGCCAGGCCCAGGAGAUGGUCCCGGUCCUCGGGUCCGAUUCCCCCCGCCUGAUGAUAACCGCCUCAACCAAGGACCUCCACGUCCAGAGAUGAGAGGCCCACAUCCCCGUGGUCCCCCACCCCCUGAAGGCUUCCGUGGUGGCCCGCCCCCUCGCGGACCCCCUCCAGGUGGAUUCCAUGGUCCAAGAGGGUUUCCCCCUAAUAGACCCUUCAUGAGGGGGCCUGAUCAAGGACCCCCCAUGAGGGGUCCUGAUCAAGGACCCCCCAUGAGGGGGCCUGAUCCAGGGCCCCCCAUGGAGGGACCACCCAUGCGAGGUCCCCCACCUCCAUUCUCCGGACCUCCAUUUGGUGGGCCACCUAUGGGUGGACCACCUAUGGGUGGACCACCCAUGGGUGGACCACCCAUGGGCGGACCACCGCCACCUAUGGGUGGGCCACCUAUGGGUGGUCCUCCAAUGGGUGGACCACCUAUGGGUGGUCCUCCAGAACCCCCAACAUCUGAAGGAGCACCCACUGGACCCCCAAUGCCACCCCCAGGGAUGGGACCCCCUGGACCCCCAGGCCCUCCAGGUUCAGAGCGACCCCCCAUGCCGCCCAUUCCGCCACCCCCACCCCCAGCGAUGUUCUCAACCCCCGGGGGAAACAUACCGCCCCCUCCUGUACCCCCACCCGGUAUGCCUCAGCUACCCUCUCUGAUGGGUAUGAAGCCACCCCCUAUGCCACCCAACUUCCCCCCUCCACCCAAUGCGAUGCCCGGUGGGUUACCCUUACCUGUACCCCCUCCUCCACCCCCGGCAGUGUUGCUGCAGCCUCAGGGUAUGGAGGAGGAAGAUGAAGCAGAGGAAGACGAUGAUUGAGCUAAUCUGAGCCGGAUGUCACGGAGCCUCUUGGCAGAAAAUACCGCUAAGCACAUUUCAGGCAUGCAACUUUUCCUCAGAUCGGUUGAUUUCCUCGGAUCUGUUGAUUUCUUAGGAUCGGUUGAUUUCCUCAUUUUGUAACCUAUAAUGUCUUCUAAUAGGGCUUAGAAUUUCCUCUUUUUGGUUAUUCUCAGUUGCAUGCCUAAAUUGGUUUCUGUGGAAUUUUGCUUUUGAAAUUUAUAUAACUUUCAUGUUAUUCAUUCAGAAUUCUGUGAUGAGUUGAUGAAUUAUCUGUGUUUUUCUUAGGCUUUUAAUUCUUUUUGUAAGUUGUACAUACUAAAUUUGAUUUGCUGAAUUUCCAAGGUACAGUCCACUCUUAAUACAAACACCGACUGUUUGGUUAUAACAAACAUUAACCCGUGGUCCUGACUGUGCUUUAUGUGCACAAUGAAUGGGACCGACGCUCCUCUUAAUACAAAGUUCUGAUAUAACAAACAUUUUGGCUAGGUCCGGCUGAGUUUGUAUUAACAAGAGUCGACUGUAAAUGUAAUUGUGAAACAUUUUUAAUUAUUAAUACUACAGAGUUCAAAAUAAGAUCAGUUCCUUCAAAGAGCCAAUACUUUAUAAGGAUAGUAGUGUCAAAUGCAACACUUAAAUGUUUAACACAUAUUAUUUUUUGUUUGAAUUUAAAAAAAAAUUUAUUUAGCACAGUUAGGCCAAAAAA